AUGGGUGCACAAUCCUGCAUCGUCGCCGCCGUCUUCGCGGUCUUGUUUUCCACGCUGUGCGUGUCGCCGGCGGAAGCCGGAGCCGCCGCCACGGCGCAGAAGCCCAAGUUCGACAUCUUGGAAGUCCUAGCGGGGAGCAAGCAGGGAUCGUUUAGCACAUUCAUUAGCCUCCUCAACCAGACGGGGCUCGCGAAAGAGAUCAAUUCCAGAGACACGAUCACGGUACUGGCCGUGGGUGACGGAGCCAUUGGAGGACUGGCCUCUAAGAACCUCGACAGGAUUAAGGACAUCCUCAGCACCCACGUGAUCCUCGAUUACUACGGGAUCGACAAGAUCCAAGAUCUGUCCUCCAAGAAGAACACCACUGUCACCACCAUGUACCAGGCCACCGGCGUUGCCGACGGCAUGCAAGGCUACCUCAAAAUCGUUGUCCUCCCGAACCAAGGCCCCCAGCUGACCGAUAGAAUCAGGAUCGGGUCGGCUGCCAAAGGCGCUCCCUUUGACAUCCGGCUGCUCAGCGACACCGAGGUUGCUUUCAAGAAGUUUGACUAUGUGGUCCUAAGCAUAUCUGGAGUCAUCUUUACUCCUGGGAUUGACGGAUUGACUCCUCCGCCGACCGCCGCACCUGCACCUGCACCCAAGAAGACCCCGGUCGCACCGGCACCCCACCACAACACGACGACGGCAACCCCCGCCCCCAGCCCCGUUGAUGACGACGCUGACUACGACACGCCUACGCCUGAGGCGGCGCCUGCUCCAGCACCCGUGCUGAGCUCCCCAUCGGAGUCUGUCGAUGCCCCCACCGCCGAUGAUACACCAGCAACGACAACUCCUCCUCCAAGCUCUUCAGCAAUCCACAUCUCCUCAACCUACAUCUUCACUGCCCUUAUCGUGGUUCUAGUGUCAUCAUUUGCUUCUGCUGGUUUGUAA